UCAUAAAACGCUGUUAGGGAAAAUAAUCAGGUUGUAAUAUAUAUGUGUGACACACAGAAACAUACACAAACAGUUGCACUAUGGACAGACAAAAAACUCUUGCACUCUUUUGCACACUACGUCCUCUAAAAGCUGCUAAGAUUCCUCCAAGCUACUAGACAUAUUUUUACAUAUAACAUCUAUAUUUUGUCUAAUAGAUUCUAUUCUAUUCUGCUUUAAUUAUAUUUGGCUUUUAUUAUAUUCUGUUUUAUUAUGUAUCACUGUUGCACUGUGGGAUGAGGCACUAAGGAAAAACAUUUCACUGCAUUAAUACAUGUAUGUAAUGUAUGUGACAAAUAAAGAACCUUGAUCAUAUUGUGUAUACUCCUGGGGAAUGGGGCCAAUGGCAAAUUAUUAAGCUUUUAAUGGGCUUAACAACAAAUCACUGGUCAGAAAAUUAACGAGAAUUAAGUAAAUGCACUCCUGAGAGCUCCUGUGCCUCCAUUUACUCGUUUACUUUUGCUGUUUGGGAAAAAGCUAGAAACAGGGAAAUUCAUUUAUAUAGUGUUCUUGUACACAAAGGUAAAAUCAUGAUCAUUCAAACUAACACAUCUGGGUGUACAAAAUCUUCUAAAAAUAUCUUCUGGGAUUUUUUUUCUUAAAAGAUGAGUCAUUAUUUGGUUAUCUGCUACACCUGAUGCAGCCCAUGAAGGGCCUGAUAACACGCUCAUAAAUAGAAGCAGGAUUGAUAGAGCAGGGAGAGAUCUACAGAAUUUGUUUAAUUCUUGCUAAUUUUCUGAUUUGUUGUUAAGACCAUUAAAUGCUUAAUAUUUUGCCAUUAUAGACUUGGCCCUUUUUUUGUUUUGUUUUUUUUGCCCAGGAGUGUAGUGUUACAACCAGUGACUGUAUCUCUUUUAUUACCACCUGGAACUCUAUUCGACUCAACUGGGAUCAGAAGUCUACAUAAAACAGCUCAUAAUAUUAAUCUAUAUAGUUCGUCAAAUUAUUUACAAAUUAAAAAUCUUAAAAACUUUGCAUUUAUUGCAUAAAUAUUCACCUCAAUGCUGCAAGUAGGCCUUGCUGCAAAACAAAAAGUCCUGCCCUGACCCAGCUCCUCCUACCUGGGCCUAUUCCAGGAGGUGGCGACAACUUAGUGUGUUUUAGACCGGAUAAGCGUGUUUAAUGUGUUGUUUUGUGUUGUACAUUGCUGUGUGGGUUAGGCUUAUAGGUGGCGAAGAACUAUGUCUGUUGCUGUCAAACCCUCAGAUUAGCUCUGGUGCAACCUGUUACCAUCAGAUGUCACAUAAUUAGUUGAAUGGACUCCACACGUGAGUCUUCCUGGAAGACCCCAGAUUUUGUCAGAGAACAUACCUAAAUAAACAGCAUCAUCAAGACCAAAAGUAUCAAUCGGGAAUAUAAAAAAAUCCCAAACAGUGAACAUCCCACCAAGCCCCAUUAAAUCCAUUAUUUAAAAUAAAAAAAUAAUAAUAAUAUGGUGCAACUGUGUCUCCAGAAGUUAGGGACUGGGUACAUAGGGCAUUAGUCAGAAAGGCAACGAAGAGGCCAAGAGCAAUUCUCAACAUAACACCACCACCACAAUGCUUCACUGUGGGGAUGUUCUGAGGGUGAUGAGCAGUUUUGGGGUUCUUCCAAAUGUAGAGCUUUGUACCAAGGCCAAAAAGUUCAAUAUUGUGGGCUACUUUGUGUAGAUUUAUGGCAUAUCCCAAUUAAGUCUAUUUCAGUUCCAGGUUGUAAUACUACAAAAUGUGGAAAGGUUCAAGGUAGUGCCUACUUAUGCAAGUCAAAUAAUACAAAUCAAAUGUAAACUGAAAACUAAAAAUGUUGCAAUAACAGUAAUAUAACAUAAUUAUUGUGAUUAUUUUUUAACUUAAAAAAAAAAAAGCAACAAAAUGGGGUUGAGGCUACAUUUACACAGGUUGUAAUUUAGGAAAUAAAAUAAUCCCUGUAAAAUAUAUUUUUUCUGACAGUAUCUUUACUUACUCGUGAUUUGGCUUCUUUCCACAUGAUGGUUCAUGAGAUUGACUAAAGUGGUGAAAGCUGGAACAUCACUGCCUGAUUGUUACCCACGUGGACGGGAUAUGUGCAGAUUAUUUCAUCAAGGAUGAUUGUUUUCACCAUGAUAAGCACAUUCUUUCUGUAAUAGGCAUGCUAGUGAGUGUCACCAACUAUCAACAAAUGGUAAAGAGUGACAUUGUUGCAGGGGACAAGGCUGGCAUUAAAGAGACCCGUGCUCCAAGGCACUGUACUCACUUCCCCCUGGAGGAAUGUGUGCUUGGGCUCAGUGUGUGUUUCUAUCUGAAGGACAGAGCAUGUAGGGAUGAUGGGGCUUCCAUGGUUGCUGGCGCUCGAACUUGUGCUGCAUGCGGGAUCGUUCAUGUGUGGAGUGAUAACAGCUGCCUCGGUCACCAUCACACAGGGUCACUUUUCAGGACAGUGCAUCCUCUAUGGCAGUAUCUACUUCAACACAUCUGACCGGUCCUUGACAAUAGAAAGCUCCAGUUCUCCCUCACUCUGCCAUUUUGUGUCAGCCAUCUCCAUGUGUGUGGCCAUUUAUUGCUUCUCUUUCAUUCUCUACUGGAUCUAUGCAAGCUGUGUGGAUGAUUACGUAAAAAGGAGAGGUGUGUGGCUGAACGUGUCCCUAGGGGUGUGUGUACUCCUCCUACUUUUUCUCUUGGUGUCAGGGUGUAUUCUGAGGAUUGGUAGAGACAACCUGUGUCUCACUGUCCUUCACAACAUUUCCUCCAUCAGCAGUUGUAAGGAAGCGCAGAAUAUGACAUGGUCGAGUCCCUACACAGGGACUGAAUUUUACACAGAACUGCACAGUGCUGAGAAAUCCGUGUGGGUGAGUUUCUUCUUCUGGCUGUUGGCUGUGGCAGUUGUGGUGGUGCAGAGACGCCAGGCUCUUAGCGAGGAGGGCCAGUGGAGCUGUGAUGAGACCGAGCCCUUCCUCCACCGCCCGGCUCGAGUCCUGUGAACCCCACCACAAACCCACACCUCAACAUGUGGCACACAGCAUUAAGGACUGACUAGAUGACAUGUCCAGAUGAAAUUGGGAGAAUUGAGAUGGCUGAAUCCCACCAUCACCCAAACAUAAGAAAAGGAUCGUUUGAAAAGCCUAUUUGUGUUUUUUUCCCCACUAGAACAUUGUUGCAUAAGUUUGAAAGAAUUUAUAAUUUAAAAACUAUAUUAUGAAUAUUUUAUGAACAUUUUGGUAAUACUAUGUGAUCAAUAUAUUUCAGUCAACAGUAAAUUGAGAAAGAUAUGUUUUAUAGCCAUGCCACAGUCAGACUUAAAUGCAUAUUGAAGAAAUGGACUUACUUCCUGCAAAAGACAGAUUCAAACUCCCCAAGUAAAUAUAAUGUGCUUAUUUAAAUAU